CUCCUGCAUAGGAAGUGGUAAUUCAGCAAAUCUGCUUUUGGCUAAUUCUGGCCUCUCGCUGCCUUUUUCUUAAUGGCCACGAGAAGCCGCGUCUUGUUCAGAGGAGCACGCCGGUGAUGUGGGUGUCCCGGGCCUCACGCGGGGUGUGGGACGGAGCUGCACUCUGGACUCCGGCGUUUCUCCAGAUUCCUCCUCUCCGGCCGUCUCUGCUGUGAGUCAGAGGGGCUGACCGCCCACCCCUUUGCCAGGCUCGCGCUUUCUGCCCAGCUCGAGUCCCACCAUGACAGCGGAACCAAUGAACUCCACGGCGUCUACGAUGCCAGCGAGGAUUACUUCGCGUCGGUGAACAGCUCGGAUUACUUACUGGACGACGAGAGCUUCCUGUGCUCCCUGCAGGAGGUCCGGAAGUUCUCCGUGCUGUUUGUGCCGCUCGCUUACUCCUUGAUAUGCGUCUCGGGCCUCCUGGGCAACGUGCUGGUGGUGGUCACCUUCGCUUUCUACAAGAAAGCCAAGUCCAUGACGGACGUGUACCUCCUGAACAUGGCCGUGGCGGACAUCCUCUUCGUGCUGACGCUCCCGUUCUGGGCCGUCCACCACGCCACCGGGGAGUGGAUUUUCAGCAACGCCAUGUGCAAGCUGGCGCGGGGCAUCUACGCCGUCAACUUCAACUGCGGGAUGCUGCUCUUGACCUGCAUCAGCCUGGACCGCUACAUCGCCAUCGUGCAGGCCACCAAGUCCUUCCGGCUCCGCUCCAGGACCUUAGCGCACCACAAAGCCAUCUGCCUCGCCGUGUGGACCGUGUCCAUCCUCAUCUCCAGCUCCACCUUCACCUUCAACCAGAAGUACAAGCUGCAGGGCAGCGACGUGUGCGAGCCCCGGUACCACAGCGUCGCGGAGCCGCUGCGGUGGAAGCUGCUCGUGCUGGGGCUUCAGCUGCUCUUCGGCUUCUUCAUCCCCCUGGUGUUCAUGAUAUUUUGCUACAUGUUCAUCGUCAAGACCUUGGUGCAGGCCCAGAAUUCCAAGAGGCACAAGGCCAUCCGCGUGAUCCUGGCGGUGGUGCUGGUGUUCCUGGCCUGCCAGAUCCCCCACAACAUGGUGCUGCUGGUGACGGCCGUCAACCUGGGCAGGACCGACCGGUCCUGCGGCAGCGAGAGGGCGCUGGGCUACGCCCGGAACAUCACCGAGGUCCUGGCGUUCCUGCACUGCUGCCUCAACCCGGUGCUCUACGCCUUCAUCGGGCAGAAGUUCCGGAGCUACUUUCUGAAGAUCAUGAAAGACCUGUGGUGUGUGCGGCGGAAGCAGAAGGCGCCGGGCUUCUCCUGCUCGCGGCUGCACUCGGAGACCUUCACCUCCCGGCAGAACAGCGAGACCCCGGACAACGACAAUCCGUCCUCCUUCACCAUGUGACGGCGGAGGCGCGGUGCACCUGCGAGCAGGUGAGACCAGAGCGCGGGGAGCGUGGACGGGACGCACCGAGCAAAGGUCUUUUCCCGCAGGGUCGGGUCCGCGCGCGCCCCCACCUGCCGCCGCCUCCAGACUCGCUCCAGCGGGGACGCCCUGGGACCCGGUCCCUGCCAGCUGGCUUGCCACCGAGCAGGCUUUGGGAAGCGCCGGAUGAAAACGGAUGGCUUACACAUGUGACCGCUUUCGGGAAUAUGCAUGAAGCAACCCUGGACCCAAUUUUUUCUGGUCAUUGCAAAAACGUCCAUGGCUUAAAAAAUCAAAAUGGGGGGGAAAAAAAGCCCUCACACAGAACUCAUUUUAGGGAGGAAGGUCAUUUUCCGCAUCGCCGAGGUCACAGUCAGCGACCGCCCGCAGCGCGAUGCUCUGGUUUGAGCUUUAUCUCCGUGUCCUGGGAGGCGCCACAAGCCCGGGAUGCUGAAAAGGCAGAAGGAAAACCAGCUGAAGGACAGAAGAGGCGGCUGCGUCGGUGGCAGCGAUGCUUGGCCGGACCGAGGAUCAGGCAGCGGAGCUGGUAACGGGCAAGCAGGAAGGGUCCUCCGUGAGCGGUGAAGCUCCUCCCAACGUCCCCCAGACCGCAUCCCUUCAGCAGGCAGAAGGGGCUUAAUAAAAAACGACCCAUGAAAUCGGAGCUUAGAGAGCAAUUUAAGGUGUCAGAUGUUUUAAAAUAAAAAAAUAAAUAGAAUACUUAAAAAGGGGGGGGGGUGCCUUUCCGCAGACAAUAAUGAAAGAACCUUUGUUCAUUUCCACACUGGCCCCGAAGAAGGGUGCGUGGAAGGGACUCUGCUCCUGGUCGCUGCAGAUUAGCUGGCGGGCAGCUGGGACCACGCUGGCUUCCACUGCGGGAAAAAGGCUUUAUCUUAGAGUCUGAGGUUAACUGUGGACUCAGAUUUGAUCAACUCUCCUCAACUUCAACGGGAGUUUAUAGAACUCAAGUUUUGAAAGGGCUUUGUAAAUAGACGAACCUAAGUGGGAAAGCAUCAGCGCAUCUUACAGAAAUGUAAAUGCACAUAAAGGUCCUGACACGCAAUGCGAAAGUGCCUGUGUGCUUGACUGGCACCAGUGUUCUAUCUGGAACUUUCUGUUCUAUCAGUGUUUCUGUUGUCCUUGUAAGAUUCAACCACAUCUCUAUGUGGAAUUCAACGUGUCUCUUAAGAGCCAAUGUCUGUAUUUUAAAAACAUGGUUUUGGCUUAGCAAAAUCAAAAAACUGCUUGGGGUCUAGGGGUUAGAACUUGGUGCUUUCACUGCUGCAGUUCAGCUUCAAACCCUGGUCUGGGAACGGAGAUCACACACGGAGCCGCUGCAGCCCUGGCCAAAUAAUAAUAAUUGUAAUAACAAAAACCCUGGGUCGUGUGUGAAAUAGCCAUUGUCCUCUAUGCUCAGGGAUCCGACUGCGACGUCACGAUGCUCCAGGGUCCCACAUCCUUUAAAUCUGUGAGCAUUUGACUCCAGAAAUCAAAGCAGAGGUGGUGUGACUCAGACGCUUCUUUUUUUAUUUUCAUUUUUUCUUUGCAGGGCCACACCUGCAGCAUAUGGAAGUCCCCAGACUAGGGGUCGAAUCAGAGCUGCAGCUGCCAGCCUACACCACAGCCACAGCAACACCAGAUCCGAGCUGCAUCUGUGGCCAACACCACAGCUCAUGAUAGAUCCUUAACCCACUGAGCGAGGCCAGGGAUCAAACCCACAUCCUCAUGGAUACUAGUUGGGUUCUUAACCCGCUGAGCCACGAUGGGGACUCUCUCAGAUGUUUCUUUUGAUGGGAUCAGAGUACGGAUGUGAUCUGCGAAAGUAAGGGUGUGUUUCUAAACCGGCACGGAAGGAUCCAGAAGGCACAGCUGGAAACGAUCUCUUGUGUGUCUCGUCUCCAGAUGAGCGAAGCUGGCAUCUUUACGCAGUUGCCCUUUCCACACCUCAGCCGUGAUGAAUAAAGAUGUUCCUAAAAUGUGCUGCACA